AUGACACAAAGGCCGGUCGGGUUCCGCUGGCCAGAGGUGGCACCUGAUGUUGAUUCGUCGUCGCAGUCUACAACCAGCUCAGACCGCGGGAAGGCUGAACACUCCAUUGAUGGGAACACCGACACUGUGUGGUCGCACACCAGCUGCAGCCGUACCGAGGAAGAGGCUGAACCAUGGUGGAGGCUGGAGCUGCCUGGUGUGUACCGGGUGUCAGAGAUCCAGGUCACUAAUAGGGAGACCAAUAGGGAGAGGCUGAACGGCAUUGAAAUACUCAUCGGGAAUUCAGUGGUGAACAACGGAAACGACAACUCAAGGUGUGCCAUAAUCAACGAUGACCCAGGCUGCUUGACUCAGACUGUCAAGUGUUGGGGAAUGGAAGGAAGGUUCGUCAACUUCUACCAGUCCUUUGAUGUAGCAGACGCUUUGACGUUUUGUGAGGUCAAAGUGUACGGAGAGCCUGCUGCACCCUCCAUGAGCACUCAGGUGAUGGGGAGGAACAUCACUCUGGUGGGGACGCCGCUGUGCUGGUCAGACGCCCUGCUCUACUGCAGAGACUCUCACUGGGACCUGCUAAGCCUCUUGGGCCCAGAAGACCAGGAGAUGGUUGAUGAGCUGGUGGCUCGCACCCCCUUCCCACUAACCAGCCACCUCUGGGUGGGCCUGCGCAGGUCCCUCUCAGGAAGCUCCUGGUUUUGGAUGUCCGGUGACCCGAUGGACUUCAGCCAAUGGGACGACGGCUCACACCAUCCCUCCCCCUGUGGGGGCGUGUCCAGCGUGGAACCUUCCACAUGGAGGCAACGCUCCUGUGAAGAACAUCUUAACUUCAUCUGUUUCACAGGUCCAACAGAAGGAGUGAAUAAGUUGCGCUUCUAUAGUUCCACAAGAGAGGAUCAAACUCGCUGCACCUAACUUGGCCUCAUUGGGGAAUAAAGUGGCUGAUUCCGAAGAUGUCCUAAGUAGAGUGAAGGUUCAGAAGCUUUAGCUCAGAGUGUCUGGUAGCUUGCUAGUUCUGCAUUUUGUCAUUUUAGGCUUUGUGACAGGCCAUAUUUUGUUCAAGCAUAGCAUAAACGAUAUAUUUCCUUUGGUAUAUAAUCAAUUACCUUAUUUAUGAGCAGAUGUAGGACUGUCAUGCAUGGGUUCAAGAUGGUAUCAAAAGACUAGAUAAAGUAUCUGUUGACUUUUAUCGCUAUCUGGCUUGGUUGAUUCGGAAACUAUGCACAAAAGUAGGGUUUCAUCUCAAACUUUGAUUGAUAAGGUUGUAUCGAGGGAAUUGAAGGGGGUUAUAUUUAUUGUUGAUUCAGACGAUCAAAGCAGGUCAAACACAGAGAUACGCCAUUUGAGAAUGUGCAAAACAUGUUUUCAGGUCAAUCUUUAUAAGAUUGCGUUUUAUUAAUGUCACCUUAACCAGUAGUGAAUUUGCUGGUUUGUCUUUAUUUUGCAUAUGAAUGUAGCGUAGCUAAUAUUUGUUUUUUUGUGUCAUUCUAAUAUCAGUGACCAAGAGACCAAUAAUUUGACUGUAUAAAUCAAUAACAUAAUUUGCCCCACUUCAGUCAGCCCAUCCGGAAAGCCCUGCAACACAUGCCCAGUCAGAGUUACUCUGGGCAGGUGUGGGGACAAUUAAUUGUUUUAUUAAUUUGGUUAUUUUAAGUAUGGUAAAGAGUCUGUUGUUCAUUUGGGUACAGUUACCCUGGUCAGAGAAAAGCUUAUGUAUUUUGUUUUAUUGAGUCUGGGUUAGUGGUUGUUAAUUUGGGGAAAGUAAACAUCGGUUUGGGGAUUCUCCACAGCUUCAAUUUGGUGUUGGGGGUUUGUGGAGUGAGUGUGGUGGAUGACUGGUUGAGGCAGCCUCACCUGGCCCGAGUCAGACUGAUUGGACUCUGGGGCUGGCUGAGGCUGCACUCAGGGAGAUUACCUACUUUGCAAUAUGGAGCACUAUCUUCAUGUCUCAUUGUCUGCAAACUCUACAAUA